CCUACAACCAACAAUACGAGCAAUAUCAAAUAACGAGGCAAUGUUUUGUUUGACUAGGAAAAUAAUUAGGUUUAACUGGUAGUGGUUGACUCAUGGUCGAUAUAGAUGCCUGUUGUUACUGUACUUGCUAUGCAUUGAUCAGGUCAUUUUCAGAAAUGGAACGUCGAGGUAAUUUUUGAAUUACAGAAAGGGAAUUUGUAUUGGUCACAUUAAGAUUGUAUAGUAAGUACAAGUUACGCGUUCUGAAGUAGCGAGAAACCCGGGAGUGUGUCGUCAUUGACGGGAAGAACUUUGAAGAAAACAGUAUUUGAACGUCUGUGAAUGAGGCUUCCAUGAGCUUUGGUGUCAUAACGCAAACAACGAAUUCGAUGUGUAUAAUAGAGAUGAUGAAUUUUAGAAAAUCUGUGAUGUAUUUAGUUUUUAUUUUCACAAUAAUUUUACCGACAUUCGUAAAGUCUGAUAUUGACAAUCGAAUCAAUAUUACAGUGGGAGCGUUAUACUCACUUGGCGGCGGUUGGGAUGGUUCUGCUGUAAAGGUGGCCGUGGAAUUGGCUUUGGAACACAUCAACGCCAACUCACAAAUUCUACCUAAUCAUCGCCUGCUACUAGAUUGGAGAGAUACACAGGCUUCUAUGAGCUUUGAUGUCAUAACGCAAACAACGAAUUCGAUGUGUAUAAUAGAUAUGAUGAAUUUUAGAAAAUCUGUGAUGUAUUUAGUUUUUAUUUUCACAAUAAUUUUACCGACAUUCGUGAAGUCGGAUAUUGACAAUCGAAUCAAUAUUACAGUGGGAGCGUUAUACUCACUUGGCGGCGGUUGGGAUGGUUCUGCUGUAAAGGUGGCCGUGGAAUUGGCUUUGGAACACAUCAACGCCAACUCACAAAUUCUACCUAAUCAUCGCCUGCUACUAGAUUGGAGAGAUACACAGUGUCAUCUUGGUACGGGACUGAAAGGAGUAAUCGAACUGAUCACUACCGAUCCCGUGAAAGUGAUGUUACUUGGGCCAGCAUGUUCAUUGGUGGCAAUGCCGACUGCAGCUACACUUCAGUAUUGGAACUUAGUUCAGGUAGGAAAUUCGGCUCUUUCUGAUGCACUCUCGGAUGGUGAACGCUACAGGUAUUUUUAUAGGACAAAUCCACCGUCCUCGGCGAUGAAUCCUCCGAGAUUAGCCAUUCUUAAUACGUACAACUGGAAACGAGUUGCAGUCAUACACGAAAACAACGAAUAUUUUUCAAAUCAUUUCGACAUAACGAAAGGAUAUUUAAUUGAGCAUGGUAUUGAUAUUGUGACGUCAGAAAGCUUCGACUCGGGACACGUACCUCUACGUCAACUUCAAAAUAUCAAGACCCCAAAUGAAUAUCAAUCGAUUUAUUUAAAUCGAACACAUUUCAUUGACCCCCCGGGAGAAGAGUAUGCACCUUACGGAUACGAUGCCCUGUGGACGAUAGCAAUGGUGUUGAAUCGAACGCAAAACCAAUUGGAAGCCACACAGUCAAACAUUAGCAUCGCGGAUUUUGAUUAUAACAACACUCAUCACUUACGAGAAAUGUUCGUGGAUGCAAUUGAAGACCUUAAUUUUAUGGGAAUAUCAGGCAUUAUCCAAUUUAAUAUCAAUGGAGACCGGUAUGGAACUAUAAAAAUUGAGCAACUAAUAGAUGAGAAUGAAGUGACGGUUGGUAUCUAUCAAUCCGAGAAACUUGUCUGGAUGUCAAAGGACAGACUGACGUUUGCAGGACCGACUCCGAUUGAUGGUGCCAUUAUGAACACUGUCUACAUCGGCAUAAGACCUACACUCUACUUUAUAUUCUCAUCGAUCUCAGGAAUUGGGAUUAUUGUCGGAUGUGCUUUCCUAGCUUUCAAUAUAAAGAACAGAAAUAGAAAGUUAAUUAGGUUAUCCAGUCCGAAUGUUAAUAAUGUGAUCGCAGUUGGCUGCAUCGUUUGUUACGGUUCUGUAAUGCUGUUUGGUUUGGAUCAAACGCUUGUCAAGUCAAGUGUUUAUACUACAUUGUGUAUGAUUAUCCAGGAUUGGCACUUGUUCGGUUUACUUGCUAUUCUACUUCUAAUAGACAUUCUUUAUCUAUUAGUUUGGUCAAUCGUGAACCCAUUUAUUAAAGAAACUGAGACAUUUCUGCCUCAGAUUAUUGAUCAGGACCUCACUGUGAUAAAGAUGAAAGAUUCGUGUUCGUGUCAUCGCCUUGUGCAAUGGACAGCUAUUCUCUAUGUAUACAAGGGGCUGAUUAUGCUGUAUGGUGCCAAACUCGCUUGGGAAACAAGGAAUGUAUCGAUGCAAGAAUUAAAUGACUCUAAGUAUAUCGGGCUGUCGAUAUACAAUGUCGCCAUAAUCGCUUCUAUUGCCGUCCCUCUCACCUACGUCUUGGAGGACGAACCGGAAGUGGUCUACAGCCUGGUAGCAGUUGCCAUUCUCUUCACCACCACCUGUACUAUGUGCCUUGUAUUUGUUCCAAAGCAAAAAUCAUUGACGGAACAGGGCCACACAGUUGCAUCUGUUUCAUCAGAAUACUCGCAAGGAAAGGAGAGCUGUAAUGCCGUGUCGACGGGGGGAAACAUGUAGCUGUUAAUAGUACGCAUUAGAUG